GAAGUGCUCUGAACUGUUUCUUUGAGUUGUUCUCAAAAUGGCUGCGCCCGAGGAAAACACGCUUCUUCGUGAAGAUGAAGAAGUUGAAGAGAUGGAAGCGGGUGACAGCGAUGAAGAUGAGAUGGAGGAAGAAGGACAGGGGGAAGAAGGCGGUGAGAGUAAAGUGUAUGUGCCUGGCGUUCAGCCGCUUCAGCCGGGAGAAGAGCUCGAGAUGGACCGCUCGGCUUACCGCAUGUACCACGAGUGCCAGACAGGUGCCCCUUGUUUGAGUUUUGAUGUAAUACAUGAUGCUGAUGGAGAAGGAAGAGAGAAGUUUCCCCUGUCCAUGCUGCUGUGUGCAGGUACACAAGCAGACACAGCUCUUAGUAACAGACUCAUUGUCAUGCGUAUGCACAACCUGCAUGGGACUGAAAAAGAGACAGAGGAGGAGGAGAGCAGUGAUGAGAGUGAUGAUGAUGAAGAUGAUGAAGAAGAGAAGAAGCCACAGAUGGAGUUGGCCAUGUUGCCCCAUUAUGGAGGAAUAAAUAGAGUCAGAGUGACCCAGAAUGGAGAGCAGUCAUUGGCUGCUGUUUGGUGUGAGAAAGGUCAGGUAGAAAUUUUUGAUCUUCGGCCACAGCUGGAGGCGGUUCACAGCUCUACUGCCAUGGCAGCAUUCAUUAAACAGCAUAAGGAGGCUACACCUUUGUUCAGUUUCUCAGGUCACAUGACAGAAGGCUUUGCCAUCGACUGGUCUCCUAAAGUACCAGGCCGGCUUGUGAGUGGAGACUGCAAAAAGAACAUUCACGUGUGGGAGCCACGAGAGGGUGGAACUUCCUGGCAGAUUGACCAACGGCCUUUCAGCUCUCAUACCAAGUCUGUGGAGGACCUCCAGUGGUCACCAACUGAAGCAACAGUUUUCGCCUCCUGCUCAGUGGAUCAGUCCAUUCGCAUUUGGGAUAUCAGAGCUCCUCCAAAAUCCAUGCUUUCAGCCAAUGAGGCUCACUCAUCAGACGUCAAUGUCAUCAGCUGGAAUCGGAACGAACCAUUCUUGUUAUCUGGAGGGGAUGAUGGGCUUCUGAAGGUGUGGGACUUGAGGCAGUUUCAGUCUGGACGUCCAGUAGCCAGCUUCAAGCAGCACAGUGCCCCGAUCACGUCGGUGGAAUGGAGCCCCAUCGACUCCAGCGUGUUCGCCGCCUCUGGUGCGGAUGACGUCAUCAGCCAAUGGGAUCUGUCGGUGGAGUCAUGUGACAUGAGCGAGCAAGCUGAAAGCUUAAAGAAGCUCCCGCCGCAACUGCUGUUCUUGCAUCAGGGCCAGACGGAGAUCAAGGAGCUUCACUGGCACCCGCAGAUCAACGGCACUCUCAUCUCCACUGCGCUGUCAGGAUUCAACGUGUUCAGGACUAUUUCAGUGUAAAAGUGCUUCCGUAUGACCAUAGCAAAAAAUAAUAUUAAAUACCGUCAUCCUGACGGUGAUCAAGUUAGUUUUUGUAUUUUUUUUUUUUGACUGAUCACUAAACUUGAUUCUAGUGCCUCAGGAUUAUGUUUAAAAAUAUAAGACAAUAUUUAAAAAAAAGGUCUUAAAACACUUCAUUUACAGCUACACAGAAAGUGACGGGGUCAGCUGGUACUCAGACAGCCAGUGCAAACACAGCUGUGUCCUAGAUUUGAAGUUCACUCCUGCUACACAGCUCAUCCAGUUGUUGAGAAAUGUCUUUACCCUUUUAUUAUUCCACGAGUAAAUGCUAUUUUCUCAACUCAUAUUUUAUACUAAUGUUUCUGGAAUCUUCAGUGUGUAAUUUGAAUCAGUUCCUUAUUGAUGCAAUGCAUACGAUGCCAUGGCAGCGAGUCCAAGGGAGCGAAGGUAUCCAUUACACUCUCUGUCAGUCUGAGUGACAGUAGCCUAUUGUUGGGAUCUGUGCACUCAUGUAUGUAUAAAAGGGUAGUUUGUGCUUUCCUUCAAGUGUAUUCACUCUCUAAUGCAGCGUGAGCAGCAGUUUGAAAAGAUAUGGUGGCUGAAUUCGUGUCUCUCUAAGGACGCCAUGAGAGCCUUGACCCUUCUCCAUUGGCAGGGACUGUGUUAUUAUGGAAAGAUAGCUAGCAGAUGGGAAUUGACAGAUGAAGAAGUUAGUAUAAAAUCCCCCCCUAAAAAACCAAACAAACAGAAGAAUUAGUUUACUUAUUUUGGUUGUAACAGAUGCUGUUAAAGAUGAGCAUGACUGUGCAACAAGCAGUUCAUCUGUCACUGCUUUAUUAAGAAGCUCUUACUCAUGUGGAUCUCUUCUUAAAGAUAUCACUUUUACCCUCAUUAGGAAGAACAGAUGUGAAAUGUCUUUUCUGUCAUAAUAUUCUCUCAAGGCCUUAUUUUCAUGGACAAAAAUAAAGGACCUUGAC